AUGCUGGGGUUUGGGAGCAGUGUAAUUGGCAAGCUGGGGGAUCUAAUAGGAUGGUCAGUCAACCGGUCACCUCUCCCCGAUCAGACGCCACAGCUCGACGAAGCUCCCGCCUCUCGCUCAAGGGGUGCAUCCAUUACUAAGGACGCGGAGGGAAUAACACGACGCUCUGUACCUCUACGAGCCCUAGUAAUAGGAAUCGACGAAUAUGCUUGCGUGGAUAUCCCAAAUCUUGCCGGAGCCGUCUCGGACGCAGAUGCUAUUGACGACUAUCUCCGCAAUGAGUUAUGCGUACCAAAGGAGCACAUUGUCAACCUCCGCAAUGAACAAGCAACCCGGGACGCAGUAAUACGAGAGAUCAAGGCGCUCUCCACCCGAGAAGGCAUCCGUAGAGGAGAUCCCAUCCUGAUUUACUUCGCUGGGCAUGGUACCACCGCACCGGCGCCGGCGGGAUGGCACGUAGGGAAGCAGAGUGUAUCGUUGAUUGCGCCGCAUGAUACGGACACGAAGCUAGAGGAUGCGGGGAUGUCCAAAUUCGCCAUCCCAGACAGGACCAUCGGCGCCCUCCUCCACUUGCUCGCAGAGCAGCUUGGAACAGACGACGCCGGCGCUAAUAUCACUGUGAUCUUUGAUUGUUGCCACUCUGGCUCCGGAACUCGCAGUAUCCCCUCUCCGGCAUUCGUCGACACUCGAAGGGCGCGAGGUUUCACAUCAAAGAGCGUUUUGCCAGAGACUCUGGACCAGGACAUCUUGAACGAGGUUCCGCAAGGAAGAGGGCUCAGCGUUGUAAAGGGGUUCACGCAGGCGGGCACGAGGUCACACAUACUUCUCGCUGCAUGCCGCGAGUCCGAGUCCGCCUUUGAGAACAACCAGCGUGGUUACUUCACCGAUGGGCUCCUCUCCGCGUUGCGCUCUGUGGAGCUGACGAAGGCCACGUACCAAGACCUCAUGCGACACAUUUCGAGUAAUAUCGCAGGCCAAACCCCACAGUGUGAAGGUCACAACCCGAAUCGCAUACUGUUCGAUGCGCGCGUCACGAGCCGCAUACGCGCCACGUACCAACUGCACAAGAAGGCUGGCGUCUUUGCUGUAGACAUCGGCUCUAUACACGGCGUGGACGACGAUACCACCUUUUCUGUUUACGCCCGCGACGACUUCAAACCCGACGAGAUGCCUAUGGCAACUAUGGUGGUCAGGAGGGUGUACGCGUUUACCACAGAACUGGAGUGCCUCGGGCCCUUGACUCGUGAUGGGCAUGCAGCACUAAGCGGUGCCCAAUGCGUUGCUGUGCCAAACUCGAUGGGAAGCGCGACCGCACUUCGUCUGCAUGUACCGGCAGCUACGGAUCCCGGCCAGCGUCGUGUGCUGGAGGCUCUUGGGAACGUUGUGCAUGCUCACCGGGCCGGCGGCGGGCCGGCGAUCUUCCUCAGGAACGACCCAACACAGGCGAACCUCAGCAUACGCAUCACCGAAGACGACGCCACAUAUACCAUCCACGACCGUUCCAUUACCGAUCGAGGGCUCUCGCGGUUGAGUCGCACUACCAAAGCGGACGUGGACGCGAUACAACCUGUGCUCAGCGCAGCCGCUCACUUCUUUUGGCACUUACAUCACGCUCCCAAGAAGAACGUCUUGAACGACAGGAUUGAGAUACGGUUUUGCAAGUUGGAACCUGACGUGGAUGCAGAUUUUGGGCCGGACCUACGGCUUCCUUAUGUUGCACGAGAUCCUGAUCUCUACAACUCUGGGAUCGUUGACGUUGUCGCGGACGACGAAACUCCGUACGGGAUAUUGGUACGAAACAACUCCACAGUACCCUUGCACGUGUGGGCGUUCUACUUCAAUUGCGGUACCCUUGCCAUACAUGAAUAUUAUCGGCCACCCGCAGCCGGACCCAACGCCGCUCCUUCAUUACCCGCUUCCAAGUGCAAUCACCUCCAGUGCAGUCAUACGCAAGAGGAUAUUGACGAUAUGAAGGGUGAACUCAUGAUCGGAUACGGCAAUGGCGGUGGCCAGCCGUACACCUUCGUUGUACCAGACGACUAUGAAGAUGUGGACGUCGGCUUCAUCAAGCUCUUCAUCUCAACAGAGCCUGUGGAUCUCUCGGGCAUCCCUCAGCAUUCACCAUUGGAUCCUGCUGUAUCCCGCGAUAUUACGCCAAAAAAGACACGCCCUUCUGACGGUGUCUGGGAUACCUUUACGAUCGCGGUCGUGCAGCACCGACCUUAA